AUGAAACCAGUACUUGAAAUCACAUCUGUGCCCACUCAUCCGGAAUGUAGACAUCCUUAUGUCUCGGUAGCUCAGGUGGGAGUCCCAGGGGCGGUGGUAGAUGCAUUCCCACUGGAGAUACUGAGAAUUCCACCUACAUGCCAUUGUUGGCGUUGUAGAUCUUCAAAAACAUUCAUAAUCCCUCCAAUGAUGUUUAAAACAUAUUUUGAAGAGUCCACAUUCUUAGUUCAGCCAUAUACUGGACCGUGGUCGGGCCAAAAGUCCAUGGAUAAGUACGGUAGAGAUGCAUAUGAGCAAAAUGGACAUUUAUUUUCAAGAAUAACGAGACGAUUCCAUGUGUCUCUGUCUGCUCAAGGUGAUGUAUGGCGGUCGAAUGUGCAUUCCUCCCAAUCCUCGGGACAUGAAAAGAAGAUACUGCCGGGAACCAACAAUACAGUGCACUACCCACAUGGCCAAUACUUGAACGGAAAUUUUGUUGCUCAUCCUCGAAUUGUAUAUGCUUCUCUGACUGCUUACUUGAAAAAUAGAUCAUCUCGUUUCUCAGCUGAGAUGCAACCUGAAACAGAGAUCAUUUCUAGUCAUGGUAGCCAGUACUAUAAGGCUGCUUUGAAUGUUGGUGCGACCAAUGACAUGAAACCGAAAACAAAUGAAGACUUAAUCGGCAGGUCAGCCAGAUUUUCUUAUUUGGAGAGUUUAGCACCAGUCAAUUUCAGCUAUAACUCUCAGCUUGGAAGGACGUUCGACAUGCAUAGACUGCAAACAGACAAAAAAGGCUUCGAAAAAUUCAUUCAGAAUACGCCAGGACCCAAAGAGUUCCAGAAGUUUGUGAACGAUGGAGUGUCAGUACUCGGGCUAGUUGAUACGAAAACUGCUUCUGAGCUGGGUGCCAAGAACAAUUGGGAGAAUCCCUACAAACCCUCCUUCGUUCUAUCCAAGCUUCCACCACAUUUGUGUGUAUUGAAACCAACACAAGAUUCUGGGUCAGCGAUGCGGCACGGAAUACCAACGCCCAACUCUUCGAACACAAAUCAGGACGUCACAUUAAACAAAAUUGAGUUUCCAAGCUGCAAAAAGAGAUGUGGGGCGAAAAGUCCAAUUGUAACCCCAUUGUCGCCUCCAAGGUCAAGGUAUUCAUCCAAAACCAGCUCGAGAAGAGGCUCAACUGAGUCAGUUGACUCUCAAAGGAAAAAAACACAGCCACUAGUUGGCGAUUUAAAGAAGACAACUCCUCUAUUCUUGCAACCCAUUACUUCACUCACUUAUCGAGGUAGAAAAAGACGCAAGAUUUAG